CCGCGCCCUGCUCCGCCCGGUGAGGAUUUCACGGUCGCCACCGCCGCCGCCGCCCUCGUUUGUUGCGUUACGUCGCCCUGCCCGGAGCUAAGAACGCCAGACGUGGCUGUCCAGGAGCCCUCUAUGGCCUUCAUCCCACCCAACCCCGCUUUUUGCUUUUUCCCCCCGCUUUCUCAUUUUUCCUCGUUAACAGCACACAGGCGGGGCGCUUGGCAAAACUCAGACUAAAAACAGAGCAAGAGAGAGAAAAAGAACAUAUUCGAUGCACCUGCCUGGUUCCUCCCGAGUUUGCGAAGGGUCGUAACCAUGUCUGAGUCGGGGGACAUAAGUGAAUUUGGCUACAUCAUGGAAUUGCUAGCCAGAGGCAAGGUUACCAUUAAGAAUAUUGAAAGAGAGCUCAUUUGCCCGGCAUGCAAGGAGCUGUUUACCCACCCGUUGAUUCUCCCUUGUCAACAUAGUAUCUGUCAUAAAUGUGUAAAAGAACUCUUACUGAUGCUUGAUGAUUCAUUCAAUGACGUGGGAUCAGACAACUCCAAUCAGAGCAGUCCUCGACUUCGGCUUCCCUCCCCUAGCAUGGAUAAAAUUGACAGAAUUAGCAGACCAGGCUGGAAGCGCAAUUCAUUGACCCCUAGGACAACUACUUUUCCGUGUCCUGGCUGUGAGCAUGAUGUGGAUCUUGGAGAACGGGGAAUCAACGGUCUGUUUCGAAAUUUCACUUUGGAAACUAUUGUUGAAAGAUAUCGUCAGGCAGCCAGGGCAGCCACAGCCAUUAUGUGUGACCUUUGUAAACCACCACCUCAAGAAUCCACAAAAAGUUGCAUGGACUGUAGUGCAAGCUACUGCAAUGAAUGCUUCAAAAUUUAUCAUCCUUGGGGUACUGUAAAAGCACAGCAUGAGUAUGUGGGCCCAACUACGAAUUUUAGACCCAAGAUUUUAAUGUGCCCAGAACAUGAAACGGAGAGAAUAAACAUGUACUGUGAAUUAUGUAAGAGGCCAGUUUGUCAUCUCUGUAAGUUGGGUGGUAAUCAUUCCAACCACCGUGUAACCACUAUGAGCAGUGCCUACAAAACCUUAAAGGAAAAGCUUUCAAAAGAUAUUGAUUACCUUAUUGGCAAGGAGAGCCAGGUGAAGAGUCAGAUUUCUGAACUGAACUUGUUAAUGAAAGAAACGGAGUGUAAUGGAGAGCGGGCUAAAGAAGACGCAAUUACACAUUUUGAAAAGCUCUUUGAAAUCCUAGAAGAAAGGAAAUCAUCUGUUUUGAAGGCAAUUGAUGCUUCUAAGAAACUAAGAUUAGACAAAUUUCAGACUCAAAUGGAAGAGUAUCAGGGGCUGCUAGAGAACAACGGACUCGUGGGAUACGCUCAAGAAGUGCUGAAGGAGACAGAUCAGUCUUGCUUUGUUCAGACCGCAAAACAGCUCCACCUCAGAAUACAGAAAGCUACAGAAUCUUUGAAGAGCUUUAGACCUGCGGCUCAGACUUCUUUUGAAGACUAUGUUGUUAAUACAUCUAAACAAACAGAACUUCUUGGAGAAUUGUCCUUUUUCUCUAGUGGCAUAGAUGUGCCAGAGAUCAAUGAGGAACAGAGCAAAGUUUAUAACAAUGCUUUGAUAAAUUGGCACCAUCCAGAAAAGGAUAAAGCUGAUAGCUAUGUCCUCGAAUACCGGAAGAUUAAUAGAGAUGAAGAAAUGUUGUCUUGGAAUGAGAUAGAAGUGUGUGGCACAAGUAAAGUCAUUUCCGAUCUUGAAAGUAAUUGUAACUAUGCUUUCAGAGUAAGAGCCUACAAGGGUUCAAUCUGCAGUCCUUGCAGCAGGGAAUUGAUUCUUCAUACUCCUCCAGCUCCAGUUUUCAGUUUCCUUUUUGAUGAAAAAUGCGGCUACAAUAAUGAACACCUCUUGCUGAACUUGAAGAGAGACCAUGUAGAGAGCAGAGCUGGAUUUAAUCUUCUGCUUGCUGCAGAGCGGAUCCAAGUGGGUUACUACACAAGCUUAGACUACAUCAUUGGAGAUGUUGGAAUUACAAAAGGGAAGCACUUUUGGGCCUUCCGUGUAGAACCAUAUUCAUACCUGGUAAAAGUGGGAGUUGCUUCCAGUGAUAAACUACAAGAAUGGCUCCGGACUCCCCGGGAUACAGUUAGUCCAAGAUACGAGCAAGACAGUGGGCAUGACAGCGGAAGUGAGGAUACCUGUUUUGAUUCUUCACAACCCUUUACGUUAGUUACUAUAGGCAUGAAGAAAUUUUUUAUUCCCAAGUCACCUACUUCUUCUAAUGAACCUGAAAAUCGAGUUCUCCCCAUGCCAACAAGUAUAGGGGUUUUCCUCGACUAUGAUAAAGGCAAAGUGGGUUUCUAUGAUAUGGAUCACAUGAAAUGCCUUUAUGAGCGCCAAGUGGACUGUUCGCAUACUAUGUACCCAGCAUUUGCAUUAAUGGGCAGUGGAGGAAUUCAGCUUGAAGAACCCAUCACAGCAAAAUAUCUAGAAUACCAAGAGACCAUGUAGUUUAAGCAUCUGAUGUGACUUAGGAUAAAAAAUGUGAGCAAAAUAAUGCCUUGGUGUUAACCUUUGUAACUCAUUACAUAUCAUCUAAGUAUCCUGUCGCCACACUUGUUUUUUGUGUAUGUUUCUUCUUAAAACCGAAAGCCUAAACAGCCUUCCUGCCUUUCACAAACUCCGGGAAAAAGGUACUUUUUCAUAGUUAACACUGAAAUGGUUAACUGGAUUAUCUUUUUAUGCACGGAAAAUCUAAUUUAUUUAUGUCAGCUUGUGUUGCUGAUACUUACAUUCCUGUUUCGGGGUUGGGGGAAGGGAUACAAAAGUAUUUAUUGUGCUUCUUUUGUGUUUGGUUUUUCAUUUUUAUAUCAUGUUUAUGUCUUAAGAGAAGAUAUUUUUUAAAUGCCUUCUGGAUAGAAAUUAGUACUAAGCCUUGUGUUGUGCAUUCAUUUUUAAUGGGAAAACAAAGGUAUAGAUAGGUUAAAAAAGGCCAUAGAAACGGUAGUAUAUUUAAAUGAAAAAUUAUGUAUUUAAUAUUCAGAAUAUAUUGCCUGGAAAAUGAAUACUACUGUUUUUUUUUUUGAAGACCACAAACUGUAUUCUUAAGGACAUUUUUUAAGAGUUCUCUUAGCUGUAAUGCCCAUACUUGCAUGUGUAGGAAACAUGGUUUCUUGCAGGAAACACAAAAUUCUUGGCUAAUAUACGAAGCUUUUCACUUCAUAUGAUUUUUUGGGAAAUUUUUUUCUUCAAUUUUUUUUUAGUUCCUCUAUGAAAAUAUUUGAGCUUGUAUCAAAUAAUUAUUUUUCAUAAAUAUUAGUGAAGAUACACUGAUAA